AUGAAUCUGACUCAGAUGUAUCGCGAUCCAGCCCUUCCCGCCAGUUUUGGUGGAGUGAGUGCUUUGCAUCGUGCUUUAAAAGGCAAAGAAAGUCACAAGACGAUCAAGAAUUGGCUUACCAGCAAAGAGUCAUAUACUUUGCACAAGCCUACCCAGCGACAUUUUCGUCGCAAUCGCGUCCUCGUCAGAGGCAUCGACGCUCAGUUUCAAUCUGAUUUGGCAGAUAUGCAGUCUCUUGCCAAACACAACGAUGGAUAUAAAUAUUUGCUAACAUGUAUUGAUGUGUUUUCCAAAUAUGCUUGGGCUAUUCCACUCAAAGACAAAACAGAAAAAGUUCGUUUUUUCACAACUGAGAACAGUACAGUGAAAGCAAGCAUCAUCGAACGAUUCCACAGAACUCUCAAAAGCAAAAUGUGGAAGUACUUCAGUGAAAUGAAUACAUAUCGUUCUAUUGACGUAAUAGAUAAAUUAAUUCACAGUUAUAAUCAUACUUGGCAUCACUCUAUUCAAAAUGAAACAGCGAAUGUCAAUAAACACAAUGAGAAACAAGUGUGGAAUCAAUUAUAUAAAGACCUACCUAAACCUCAACCUAAGUUCAAAGUGAGAGACACAGUUCGCAUUAGCAAAUUAAAAAUGAUUUUUGAAAAAGGCUAUGAAAGUAACUGGACAAGAGAAAUAUUUACGAUCCAUGAAAUCCUUCCUAGAAAUCCACCUGUUUAUCGACUUAAAGACCUCGCCGGAGAAGUCAUUGAAAGAACCUUUUACGAAAAGGAACUGCAAAAAAUUUCAGAUUCGGGAUAUUAUCCUGUUGAAAAAGUGUUGCGAGAAAGAAAGAGAAACGGUGUGACGGAAUACUAUGUGAAAUUCUUAGGUUAUCCACCAAAAUUUAAUGCAUGGGUGACCGAUGUGAAAAGAAUAUAA